CAUUUAAUUUUUUUUCUUUGACACAUUAGGAAGUGUCAUUUUGUGUGAUAAUAAAUGUUUCGUUUUUGUGCAUCGUAAAAUUCCUAGACGCAAAUUAACUAAAAUUCAUUUUGUUAUGAUUGUACAACGUUAAACAACGAAUAAAAACGCUAAAUUCCGCAAUGUUUUCCACGAAACUGCCCGGACUUCGCAUUGACAGGGAUUUGAAAUGUAAAAAUGGUUGCGGAUUUUAUGGAAACACUCAAUGGGAUGGGCUCUGUUCGAAAUGUUAUCGCGAAAUAAAUUUGAGAGAACGACAGGCGAAAGCAAAGUCAUCGUCUGCAUUGCCACAGCGAAAAGAAUUACAAGCUGUCAAAGCCGUACUGCAAGGCACCACAUCUCAACAUCACCAGCAACAUCGUCAACACUUGCAACGACAUACUCAGCCGGAUGACACACAACGGGCAGACAGUAGCAAUCGGAGAGAUGAUACUGCGUCACCGAGAAAGGAUACGUCAACGAAAAAACGAAAUUUGUUUGAAGUUUUCAAGAAACCGUCCAAUGCUAAGGAAGUGGAAAAACUACGACAAGUCGAAAGGAGUGUCCACAUUGUUGACAAAAGUGAAUUGGAAUACCUUGAAACUUUGAAGCAAUUGAAAGUCCCCGACAAGGCUAAGAAAGAACUCAAGUAUUUGAUUCAAAUGUUGGACGGCGUUAUCAAGAAGAAAUACCACACCUACAAUAUAACCGAGAUUAGUGAAUGUGUUCAAAGUAGUUACGUAAAAUUGGUCAAUUUCAUGGACUCCAACGAAUCGCACCUGACGAGUGUCUCGUCCGAAAUGAAAGAGUAUGUCAUCGACUUUUUCGAGAAAGUCAUCAUGACCAAAAAUCACAAAAUUCUCUUCUCGCCGCCGUUCACAAACGACGAAGAACGUGAUUCGGAGGUGAAGCGUCGAAUCCAACAAUUGAGUUGGCUGAAUGCGAAGCAUCUAAUUUGCAGCAUUGACGAAGUGAAUUCAGAGGUUCGUGAUUUGGUGUACAAUUCGAUAACAGAACUGGUAGCGAUGGAUUCAUUCCCAACGCCCCAAGAGAAAUUGGAUUGUAUUGUGCGCUGUUGUCGCAGCAUAUUUACAUUGCUGAAACAGACUGCUGGUGGGCCGGCCAGUGCUGAUGAAUUUCUACCGGCGCUCAUAUUUGUCGUGCUCAAAGCGAAUCCGAUUCGAUUGCACAGCAAUAUCAAUUACAUCACGAGAUUUAGCAAUGCCACACGACUAAUGAGUGGCGAGGGUGGAUAUUAUUUCACGAAUUUGUGCUGUGCCAUAUCGUUCAUUGAGCAUCUUACCUACGAAUCGUUAUCGAUGCCCCAGGAAGAAUUUGAAUCGAUGAUGUCUGGCGAGAAAGUGUACAGUUCGGCAUGGGAAACGGCAUUGAUGGCUUGCGAGAGCUUUCAUUCGGUUUCCGAAAAUCUAAAAACAAUAGAAAUGUUGAACGAGAGAAACGACAAGGUUACAACAUCCGUGGAUGUGUUAAACAAGGAUUUCGAUCGUCUCAAGGAGGAACUGUCGCGCAAAGUUACAGAAGUGUUGAAUCGGACGCCGUUGGUAUUGAAACCGAUACAAACGCCAAAUAGUCUUCAAAGUGGAGCAAUGGGUCAUCGUAACUCGUUGGCUUCAAAAGUCGAACAUCCAAAGAAUUUGAUUUCGAUGGCUUCCGAAGAUCAACCGGAUAAUGCAAGCACCACAUCAGCACCUGCCACCUCGAUAUCCAAUUAUGCGUCGACAUCACACUUUCUUUCUAGUUCCAAUCACUGCACCAGUGUGUCUCCGAUUAACACCAAGCCCGAUUUGUUGAACUUGAUCGACAAUUUAAUUGUGGACCAACCUAAUGCGUCCGAUAUGAUUACAAUCGGUGACAACAGUGCGACGGAUAUCCUUUCAACGCCCCCGAAUUUGAAUUUCGAUUCGUUUCUCGACGAACUGCUAACGCCCGAUGAAUUUCCCUCGUUAAGCCUGAUGAACGGCGGACUCACGAACAUAAAUUACGAUUUUGAUAUAUCGGAUGCUAGUGCUGAGAACAGCGUGGCCGACGACAAUCACAAAAGUGUUAGCUUGGGCCUUACCUUGGACGAAUUCGAUCCGUUGCUGAAUGAUUCCGGAAAAUCCAGUCCGGUUGGUAUGGAUGCAGCAACAAAUCUAAUGGAUGGAGGCGAUUCACCAACUGAUACAUUGUUGCCAUCACCGCUGAAACCGACGGUACCACCUUAUAAAGGAUUUUCUGCAUUCGACAUACCAAGCAUUUCGUGUCAAACUGGUGAUUUUGGUUCAACAAGUUCUGUAACAGCUGGCAAAGUGGACAAAGAGACGACGAAUAAAUAGUUUCCGAUUUUAUGUUACACGUU